AUGAACGAGUCAUCCGGGCGCGUUAUGACUUGGAAUGAACCGUUUUUCUCUUCUGCGGCCACCGCUCGCACUCUCACGGAAAAAGAAGACUUUGCUGCCUUGACUCUAGCCGAUUUUUGCAGAAAUUUGUUAAUGGAACCCUACCAGGUUCUUCCCUUCGACGGAGUGGGAGUUGAGGAGUUGCUACAAGGCCAACCGAAAGUAUGCAAGAGGGCUGUGUAUGACUCAUAUGCCCAUGGUUCGUCCAUGUCAACUAUGUUCACAGGCUCGCGUUGGUUAAACGGUAUACCUGAACCCCAGUGGUCAUCUCUUCUAUUCGGUCCCGACACUUGUGAUAUCUGUGGGAAUUGUGGGGCCCUCCCCGACUUUGUUCUUCAGAACCGACUGUGUGAAGCGUGUUGGGGAACCCAUGUGGUGCACCGACGCGAUAUGGUCCACAUCAUAUCAGAAAACCCCCAAAACGAUCUUCUUGUUGUCUGGUCACUCGUUCCGAGAACAUUUCGGCGAGGCAGCACAAGCUAUCUCCUUAGCGGCAUGGUUGGAACCAACCAUACACGGUACAUGAAAAAGGACGUCGAGGCAAUGGUUGACAGGAAUGCGUUAGGAGCUAACGGAUGGGCACAAACCAUUUAUAGUGCUUCACUUUCUGAAAAUACACGUUUUACUUUGGAGAUGGCCAAAAGGUGCAUGACUCGACUUGAGAACAUAGGACAUGACCCACUUGAUACAGCUGCUGCUCAGAGCGUUGCAUUCUCUGGAUUGUUUAGACAUAGCACCAUGCGGCUCACACGGAAGGUGUACCGGAAGAUUAAGCCCGACCUUGAAAGAAUGGUGAAUCAGCAAAAAAGGAAGAGACUGGUUCUGGAACGUAAACGUCAGGUCAAGUUAUGUUAUACGGAGUAUAGCAAGACGUUGAAGUCAGAACAGUGGACAUCCAUCAUGCCUCUGCAUGAAGUUUUCAAAGAUGCAUUCUUCAAUAAUUUCGUUUCUUCUGAAGCUGAUGUUGUUGGAGAUAUUUCAAAGAAAGACGCCCUGGCUCUUUUUCCUCAGCUCACUCUAAAGUUCAUGGACUCCCAAGUGAACCGUCUGGCUUCCUUGCUGCCAGAAGGUACCGAUUACUUCGUCCCUUCCAUGGACUGUUACUCCCGCUUAAAUUUGGCAACGUCUGUUUUUGGAUGCCGGUUAUGUCAGUUUGGCCAUAUCUCUGGCGUGGCACUUUGUGGAUGGACGAAUAUUUGCUCGCACAUUAACCAAAAAUCUCGAAAAUAUGCUUCUUUUCCCCAUCUGAAAAUCGAGUUCAACCCGGACGAUUGUGCUACUUCAGCCUCGCUCAUACGCUCUUUGGGGCUCGACCCUGCGACAACGACACAAGAACAGCUUGACUUGAUUGACGCCCGCUUUUUUUGUGGAUCCUGCCCCAUCUUGUCUAUGCGAGGUGUCCGAGGACGAAAGGCAUAUACAUGGACAGAAUGUGUAGGUUUCUUUGCGAUCGUUGUCGUCAUUCAGCUUCUCACACCGGAAGCGACGCGAUUCGUGAAAGAGCAAGAACCCCUUUACCCUUCCUCUGUGUCGCCGGCCUGGGGAUGCAACCACUGCUCGGAACAUUUUGAACAGAGUGUUUCGCUUUCGUCUGCAAAGGCACAUGUUAAUGAAAGUCGUUGGCAAAGAUGUCAUCGCGUACAAGCACCGGUUCAACUAUACACGGGGCUAUGGUUCUCGCAAACCCUUUCACUAUUCACUGGAGCCCCCUUGCCAAUGCUUGUGCAAAAUGUGCCCGAGGCGACCGAUUUACCAGCUAUGGUCGAUGGUCAAGUUGAUACCACAUCUAUGGAAGAACUGAGCCCCUUCAACACGAUCAUUGGGAAAAGGUUGGGAUCGUCGCACAAAAUUGAUAUCUGUAACUACACUUGCAAAUUCCGGGUCAAACCAUCACACUAUGUCGGAUGGUUUCAUGUCCACUUCCUUCGAUGGAGGAAUUACGGAACGACAAAAGGGGAAGAGCGCGAUUGA